AGACAAUUAGAGUUCAUUAUGCUACUUAAAUAUAAUCUAAUCAUAUGUUUACCAAAUAUAUUUUCCCGCCGAAAAAACCUCAAGUUACACUCAAUUAUUGGAUCACCCUGAGGGUGACCGCCACAGCCACGGCCUGAGCUGCUGUAGUUCGAGAUGUACGGACACCCACCGGAAAUCAGUAGUAGCAAAACCAAAUUCCGAUCCAAGGGGGCAAGUGAUUUAUGGCGCAUUGUGGCCUUUUAUUUUCCACAAAUCAGUGCCGACGGCUCGGAGCUCAUAUUCCGUCUCACUUCUCUUCUGGUUCACUUCUUUUCCUCUCCUCAGGGACAACAAUUUAUUGAUCAGGUAAAAGAGGAUGAUGGCUUGUUCAUCUUACCACUCGACUUCCAGCAGUUCCGGAAAGUAUGUGAGGUUGAGGAAUUUUAUGCAGCAUUGGAGGAGAAACCCAAAGAUGCUCUGCUAUGCAUGAAUGCUGCAGUGCACAAGGUCAUUUUUGAAAAAGCGGAUCCGGUGGAGGAUUCCAUAAAGAUAAAUGUUCGCCUGCACAGUUACCAAGACUCCAUGAUUGCUCUGAAGAACCUUAAGGCUGCUUAUAUUGACAGGCUUGUUUCUGUACGGGGAACUGUAAUUAAAGUUAGCACAGUGCGGCCUCUGGUGAUACAAAUGAGUUUUUCAUGUGCUAAAUGUGGGACCACCAUUACCUGUGACUUUCCUGAUGGAAAAUUUUCUCCACCAACAAAAUGUGAAAUGCAAGCAUGCAAAAGUCGAAAUUUCAAUCCAAUCAGAUCCACUGCUCGGCCAAUAGAUUUUCAGAAAAUAAGAAUUCAGGAGCUGCUGAGAUCGGAACAUCAUGAAGAAGGGAGGGUUCCUCGGACCGUCGAAUGUGAACUGACUGAAGAUCUAGUUGAUACUUGCAUUCCUGGCGAUGUUGUAACUGUAACUGGCAUAAUAAGAGUGAUUAACAAUUAUAUGGAUAUCGGGGGAGGGAAAUCUAAAGGCAAGAACCAAACACUCUACUAUUUGUACUUAGAAGUUGUUUCAAUAACAAACUCUAAGUCCCAGUCUGUGCCUGAGGAUAUGCAACAUACUGACACCAAUGCUAGGGCUACAGAGCAUUCUGAUUUGUACUCAUUUUGUCCAAGAGAUUUAGAAUUCAUUGUAAAGUUCUCUGAGGAGCAUGGUUCUGAUGUAUUUCGACAGAUUCUGCAAUCAAUUUGUCCGUCCAUCUAUGGCCACGAGCUUGUUAAAGCGGGAAUUACAUUAGCACUGUUUGGUGGUGUUCAAAAGCAUUCAAGGGAUCAAAACAAGGUACCUGUCAGAGGAGAUAUCCAUAUAAUUGUGGUUGGUGAUCCUGGACUCGGUAAAAGUCAACUACUUCAAGCGGCAGCUUCUGUUGCUCCACGUGGUAUAUAUGUAUGUGGUAAUGCCACAACUAAUGCUGGCCUUACUGUUGCAGUUGUGAAAGAUCCUCUGACAAGUGACUAUGCAUUUGAGGCUGGUGCCAUGGUACUUGCAGACCGUGGGGUAUGCUGUAUCGAUGAGUUUGACAAAAUGUCAGCAGAGCACCAGGCCCUACUAGAAGCAAUGGAACAGCAGUGCGUCUCUGUUGCGAAGGCAGGACUUGUAGCAAGUUUAUCAGCAAGAACAUCUAUUUUAGCUGCAGCAAACCCUGUGGGGGGUCAUUAUAAUCGUGCAAAAACAGUGAAUGAGAACCUGAAAAUGAGUGCUGCUCUUCUCUCACGAUUUGAUUUGGUUUUCAUAUUACUUGAUAAACCUGAUGAGUUGCUGGAUAAGAGACUCUCAGAGCACAUAAUGUCACUUCAUGCUGGCAAUGGACCACUAUCAGCCCCUGGAAAGAGGUUAUGUAGAGAAUCACGGGAUAUUAGAGGGGUUGAUAUGAAUGUGAAAAAUGGUUCGCUAGUGGCAAGGUUGAGACUUGACCCAAAGAUAGACAGUGAUUUUGUUCCACUCCCUGGUCCUCUUUUGCGUAAAUACAUUGCUUAUGCAAGAACUUAUGUAUUUCCAAGACUGACAAAACCAGCAGCAGAAAUCCUGCAGAAGUUCUACUUACGUCUAAGAGACCAUAACACUUCAGCGGAUGGUACUCCAAUAACUGCAAGGCAAUUAGAAAGCUUGGUAAGGCUGGCAGAAGCUCGAGCCAGAGUAGAUUUAAGGGAAGAAAUAAGCACACAAGAUGCUUUGGAUGUUGUUGAAAUAAUGAAAGAGUCCUUGUAUGACAAAUACGUUGAUGAGAAUGGCUUUGUUGAUUUUGGACGGAGUGGUGGAAUGAGUCAACAGAAAGAAGCCAAGCGAUUUUUAAGUGCUCUGAAUAAGCAAUCUGAAAUACAGCAGAAAGAUUGCUUCUCUAUAUCUGAAAUAUACAGCCUAGCAGAUAGGAUCGGCUUAAGAGUUCCAGAUAUUGACACCUUUGUAGAUAAUUUGAACAGUGUUGGCUAUCUUCUAAAGAAGGGCCCAAAGACAUAUCAGGUAUUAUCAUCAUCUUAUUCCCGCAGUCAGUCGUCAAGGUCAAGAUGAUUUUUGCAGCCCCACAACAGGUGAAAUCUUUGAAGUCGAUUUUUGGCUUUCCUAUAUCCCACACCUUUUCCCCCGAUACAUAUGCUUCUGUAACUGGUGAAUGUAUAUUCAUCUUCAACCAUUGCUUGAUAGUACUGCUAUGGGGAUGCCUCAUUUUGUAUAUCAGAAUAUGCUGAUUACCUCUCAAGAGAAAUAUCAAAGAAGUGUUAAUUGAACUACCAUAGACAUGUUGAUUUCAGUUGCAUCUCCAUUCUCCAACUGCUGUAGUUGUCCAUGAGCUCUUGGGAUUUAGAGAAGAGCAAUAUAUUGUUAAGAAGGCUACAAUAUCUUACCUCAUUUUGGUUUCACAUUUCU